GAUUAAACUGUUAACGCAGUUAAUAUCAACUACAUUGAGAGUGUCCUUCCACAGUUUUUGGUUUGUGCAGCAUGUCGUCUCAAGAAGACGCUGCAAGUCCUUCUCAUGAAGAAGAGCAACAACAGGCAAGUAGUGAGAGUCCAGCAUUAUCAGAGGAAUCUAUCAAGCAUCCUCUGCAGAACACCUGGGCAUUGUGGUUUUUUAAGAACGACAAGACAAAGAGUUGGAAAGAGAAUCUUAUGAAAGUGACGUCAUUCUCAACAGUUGAAGAUUUUUGGGGAUUGUAUAACUACGUACAACCGGCAAGUCAACUUCAACCCGGAUGUGACUAUUCCGUAUUCAAGGAUGGUAUAGAACCAGCAUGGGAGGAUUCUGCUAAUAGAAACGGUGGACGUUGGUUACUGAAUUUGAACAGGCAGCAGCGGCGGGAUAGCUUAGAUCGAUACUGGAUGGAAAUACUGCUAAUGAUGAUAGGAGAACAGUUUGAGGACGCAUCUGAUGAAGUUCGUGGAGCUGUUGUGAACAUUAGACCAAAAGGAGAUAAACUGGCGUUAUGGACCGGACAUUAUGAUCGACGAGAGGAAACAACACGAAUAGGAACUAUGCUAAAGGAACGACUGCAGUUGACAGGUCGAGGAGUUCUUGUGUAUCAGUCACAUCAAGACACAAUGAGCAAGUCAGGAUCUCAAAGUAGAAGUCUCUACCAGGUGUAGCAGUUACGGUUAUUGUAGAAAGAGUUGUUGACUGUAGUAUGGCUUUGUGUUCUAUAAGAGACAUAUGUUUCAAUAACAACACUCACCACUGUGGAUGUUGUAAUGGUAUUAUGUCUAAGAUCAGGUUCUUUGUUAACUUUCGCUAU